GCCAAUGAUAAUGAAGUCACCCCUUUGUACAUUGCAGCUCAGGAAGGACAGUUGGAGGUGGCACACCUUUUGCUGCAGGCCAAUGCGGACAUGAACAAGGCCACGCGGGAUGGCGCCACCCCCGUGCACGCUGCAGAGCUGAGCGGGCACUUGGAGUUUGCACUCCUUUUGCACGGAUCAAACACGCAGAAGAGCAAAAGAAUAAGGUUGCUGUAG